AUGUCUGAAGAGUCAGACUCGGAUGUUAAUUUUGAGGACUCUGGGAGUGAAUAUUUGCUUGAGAGUUCCGAAUACACUGAAUCUGCAUCAGAAGCUGACGAUAAUAUCAAUGCGGCCACUGAGCCUACGGAGAUAAACGACGAGAUACUGUCUGUUACCCAGUGGGUAAAUGUUGCUCCGGAUAAUUCUCAGAACUUCAAUCCAAAGUAUGAAAUCCCAACUGAGCGAGACUGCAAAAUUCUUCUCGAUUUUGCUCACGAUUGCACCGAGUUCAAAGUGUUUUCCACGAUAUUUCCUUACAGUUUGUGCAUUCGAAUUGCUGAAUGUACUAAUCAGCGUCUGACAGCUUUGAAUCGCCGGGCUCAGUCAAAGCGAAAUUUAACCGAUCCGAAUGAAAUUCUGGUAUUUCUGGGCAUUUCAUUAAUUAUGCAUUAUAAUAAGUUGCCUUCUCUGAAGGACUAUUGGAGCAAAAAUCCAUCGAUGGGAAAUUCAGUUAUAAAAAACUGUAUAUCACGAGAUCGCUUUUUAUUAUUGUCAUCAAAGUUAUAUUUUAAUGACUGCGAUAAGCCCACCAACGCUUCUAGAGAUUAUUACAUCUCCGAUGUUGUGCAAUGCCUGAAACAAACAUUUGCAGCUGCUCGAAGUGAAAGUUCAUUUCAGUCUAUUGACGAAUGCAUGGUAAAAUUCAAAGGUAGAUCAAGCAUGAAGCAAUAUAUGCCAAUGAAACCCAUAAAGCGCGGAAUCAAAAUUUGGAUGCGAUGUGACUCGAAGACAGGAUACACUUACGAUCUUAAUCUUUAUACUGGUAAGGAAGCAAAUCAUGUGCAGUCUGAACCUACCACUCUUGGAGAAAAAGUAGUUUUGAAAUUGGUUUCUUCAAUACGUGAGAAGGAUGUUUGUCUAGCCUUUGACCGCUUUUUUACCUCAAUUAAACUGUUAGAAAUAAUCCCAUACCCCGCACUGGGUACAUACAUGCAAAACAGAAAGAAUACACCAAAAUUUGUCGGAAAGUUGGCCAGAGGAGAAAGUCAGCUUCAAAUCAACUCUGGCGGUAUUUUGGCAGCCCGCUGGAUGGAUUCAAAAGAAGUCCUCCUAGCUUCAAAUUGUCACGAGCCGUCGCUUGUAGACGUCGAUAGGAAGCAAAAAGACGGAUCGAAGAAGAAAAUUAAAUGUCCUAAAAGUAUCAGUGAUUAUAACAGAAUUAUGGGUGGGGUCGACUUGGCCGACCAGAAGACAACCGUUUAUGAUUUCAACCGCAAGUCUCAAAAGUGGUGGAAAAAAGUGUUUUACAAGCUACUAAUGGUUAGCGUCACAAAUUCAUGGAUUAUUUAUACUGAACAUAAGAAGCAAAAGUUAUCACUGAAAGACUUUCUGGUCCCCCUUGCUGAAUCAAUGAUUUUCGAAGGAAAUAAAAGGCGUGAGACAAUGCCUCGUCGACAGGGAGAAAGAACUCCUAAGCGCUCAAAGACUGAUAGCCUCAACAUUGGAGAUCACUUGCCAGUGGAGCAAGAGAAGCGUUGCCGUUGCGUACGCUGCACUUCACUUGGAAUCGAAAAGCGAACAAAAAUGAUCUGUUCUGGCUGUAACAACGCGUUAUGCUACAAAUGUAUUGGACCCUUCCACAAAUUAAAUUAA